AAAAGGGCCAACUGCAACAAACGGCGGACGGUUGAAAAAUCGGGGAAAACUAUAGAUAGUGCUUUUCACGAAUUUUCUCUCUCUAGAUUUUCUCACUCCAUGCUUCGAUCGAACAUCAAAUUGGAUACAGAAACCUUCUUCCCUGUAAUCUAGGGUUCUCCGUUUCCCUCUCCAAAUACACAUACGAAUAAUAGAUCAUGACGAUUCCAGAUUCGUCGAGUUAUCAUUACAUGAUGGAGAAUGGAUCGUUAGAAUUGCCAUGCAAGCCGGAGGAAGAGAAGAGGAUUGUUCAGGAAUUGACGGACAAAGCUGAGGCUAAUUUGCGUGAGGGAAAUUUGUAUUACGUCGUAUCUAGCAGGUGGUUCAAGGCCUGGCAAAGGUACACUGGGAAAAUAGAAGAUGGGUAUCCAUUUGAAGGACAUUCUACUGAAUCACAAUCUGCGACACCAUCAAAUAUAGAAGGUAGACCUGGACCAAUUGAUAACAAUGACAUUGUUGUAAAUGAAGUGGAGAAUAAAGAUGAUGGCCCGCAGCUUCUGAGAACUCUGGAAGAAGGGCGUGAUUAUGUAUUAGUUCCACAAGAAGUCUGGCAGAAGCUUUUGAAGUGGUACAAAGGAGGGCCGGUGUUGCCACGGAAGAUGAUUUCAGUUGGAGAUCAACAUAAGCAAUUCAUUGUCGAGGUCUUUCCUUUGUGUCUCAAGUUAAUUGACUCCAGAGACCAGAGUGAAGUAGUUAUAAUACUAAGUAAAAAGGAUUCUGUACAUAACCUCUAUGAAAAAGUAUGUCUACUCAAAGGUUUAGACACAGAAAAGGCAUGUAUCUGGGACUACUUCAAUAAGCAAAAGCAUACAAUACUAAUUUCUUCAAACCAAACCCUGGAGGAGUCUAAUCUGCAGAUGGAUCAAGAUAUUCUUCUUGAGGUGGCAAUUGAUGGAUCCCAAAAGUGUUUGACUGGAAAUAGCUUAGCAUUGGUCCAAGUGGAACCUAUAAAAUCGACGUCUUCGAUUGCUGGUGAUCCAAAUAUGGAUGAUGGAUACGAAAGUUUGAAGUCUGUAACAAGGGGGGAUAAGGGAGGUCUGGCAGGAUUGCAAAAUUUGGGGAACACUUGCUUCAUGAAUAGUGCUCUUCAGUGUUUAGUUCAUACACCACAUCUUGCUCAGUACUUCUUGCAAGACUAUAGUGAUGAGAUCAACAGACAAAAUCCUUUAGGAAUGCAUGGGGAGCUUGCGCUUGCAUUUGGUGACUUAUUGAGGAAACUCUGGUCUUCUGGGCGAACUCCAGUUGCACCUCGUGCAUUUAAGGGGAAACUUGCCCGUUUUGCUCCUCAGUUUAGUGGGUAUAACCAACAUGAUUCACAGGAACUCCUUGCCUUUUUGCUCGAUGGGCUGCACGAAGACUUGAAUCGUGUUAAGCAGAAACCAUAUAUUGAAACGAAGGAUUAUGAUGGAAGGCCUGAUGAGGAAGUGGCAGAUGAGUUUUGGAGAUAUCACAAGGCCCGAAAUGAUUCCAUAAUUGUAGAUAUUUGCCAGGGUCAAUACAAAUCGACGCUGGUUUGCCCAGUUUGCAACAAGAUAUCUAUAACAUUUGAUCCCUUCAUGUACCUGUCUUUGCCACUUCCUUCAACAACUACUCGAUCAAUGACAGCAACAGUGUUUUAUGGUGAUGGGAGUGGCCUUCCUAUGCCAUUCACAGUUACUCUUCCAAAGCAAGGAUGUUGCAAAGAUCUUAACCAGGCUUUGGGCAUUGCGUGCUGCUUACAGGACGAUGAAUACUUACUACUAGCCGAGGUCUAUGAACAUAGGAUAUACCGGUACCUGGAAAUUCCAUCGGAACCUUUGGCUACAAUUAAAGAUGACGAACAUAUAGUUGCCUACAGACUCCCGAAGACUGAGGCAAAGUUUACAAGACUAGAGAUAUGGCACCGGUACCAGGAAAAUGAGCGGAAGCUGUUCUUGACACCACUAGUGACUGUCUUGGAAGAUCCAAAGUCAGGAUGUGAUGUUGAUCUUGCUGUUAACAAAGUGCUUUCCCCUUUAAGAAGGAAAGGACUUUUUACUUCAACAGCUACUGAUAGUAGCAAUGAAAAUGGCCCUCCUUCGAGUGCAACAGAAGAGCAAACAAAUGGUUGUAGUUCCCAGUUUGGACCUGCCACCCAAUCAACUGAGGGAAUGGAACCAGAGGGAAUGUCUAGCAAGGAGUUGUCAUUUCGACUUUGCGUCACUGAUGACAAGGGUUAUGGCUGCCAGCCUAUAGUGAAGGAUUCACCGAUACAACCUAGUCGUUUGAUCAAAGUCAUGCUGGACUGGACUGAAAAAGAGCACGAGUUAUAUGAUGCUAGCUACUUAAAGGAUCUUCCUGAGGUUCACAAGUCUGGACUUCUUGCAAAGAAAACCAAGCAAGAGGUCAUCUCUCUGUUUUCCUGCCUUGAUGCAUUUCUGAAAGAGGAACCUCUAGGCCCUGAUGAUAUGUGGUAUUGUCCUCGAUGCAAGGAACAUAGACAAGCAAGUAAAAAAUUGGAUUUGUGGAGGUUGCCAGAUGUACUUGUCUUUCACUUGAAACGAUUCUCGUAUAGCAGAUGGCUGAAGAACAAACUCGAUACAUUUGUGAAUUUUCCUAUCCACGAUCUUGAUUUAAGCAAAUACGUGAAGAGCAAGGAUGCAUCUGAAGGAUCACAUGUGUAUGAGCUAUAUGCCAUCAGCAACCACUAUGGGGGCCUUGGUGGGGGACACUAUUCUGCUUAUUGCAAGCUAAUUGAUGAGAACAGAUGGUACCAUUUUGACGAUUCUCAUGUUUCGUCCGUGAACGAGUCGGAGAUCAAGACAUCUGCAGCUUAUGUGUUGUUCUACCAACGAGUUAAACAUACUUCGGUGGAACAGCGGCCGAGCCAUCAGAAUUUCAUAUAAAUUCUUGAAAUCCAUACGAUUUUCAUGCUAUGCACUCGGUAAAGCAAAUCCAUGAUGGGAUUGACAACGUAGAAUGCUGAGUUGUACCCCACGCAGACAAGCUUGGUGGGGUCUGUUUGACCAGGUUUAGAAAUGCAUUAAUGGAGGUUAAAUAGUUCUGCUUGAACAAGAGCACCACAGCAUGGGACCUAGGAUAAGGGUUAAAUGCAAAUUACUGUUAUACGAAAUGACCAAAUCACUCAUGUAAAAAAAAUAGCAAAUUAUCCCUUUAUAUUUUUCAUAAUAAAACAAUAAGCCCCUCACGCGAUGUCGUGCCAUUGACGCGUUA